UUAUCUCAGAUCAUCUAGACCAAAUAGUACAGUUAAGUAGUUAUGGAUGCUAUUGGUGCAACUAUCACCUUCCUGCUGCUGUUCAUGUCCUUGUCAUCUGCUGGUACUAGAGCUGAAACACAACCACCAAAGAACAUACCACCUGGUUCCUCACUUUUCCCUACUCACCCCCCCACUUCAUGGCUUUCCCCUUCUGGUCUAUUUGCAUUUGGCUUUUAUCGGCAAGACAAUGGCUUUGUCGUCGGAAUAUGGUUGGUUGGCGUGGAGAACAACAAUACAGUGGUGGUAUGGACUGCAAACCGAGAUGACCCUCCAGUCACCUCAAAUGCAAAGCUACAACUAACCCUUGAUGGUAAACUUGUAGUAGUAGAGCAAGGACAAGAGAAGCUUAUUGCUAAUGCUAAUGCAACAGCUUCCUUUGCCUCCAUGCUUGAUUCUGGAAACUUGGUACUGUACAACAACGAUUCCAGCAUCAUAUGGCAGAGUUUUGAUCACCCAACUGAUACCAUGUUAGGUGGUCAAUCCCUACCUUGCGGAAGUCAACUGUUGUCUAAUUCAUCAGCAAUCAACCCCUCAACUGGACGGUUUCUUCUCGUUAUGCAGGGUGAUGGAAAUCUUGUUCUAUAUCCAGCAAACACAGCCAACACACCAUGGGAUGCUUACUGGGCCACUGGUAUCGUUGGUUUCAAAUAUCAUCUUUACCUCAACAAAACAGGUUCCCUUCAGAUCAGAGAUAGCAAUAAUUUGAUCGUUAGAUAUUUGGCUGACAACAUCAACAAUGGGAACUCGACCAUCUACCGUGCAACCCUCGAUUUUGAUGGGUUUUUUCGGCUGUAUGAGCAUGUUAACAAGGAAAGUGGCAAAAAAGUAAAAAAAAGUUGGCCGAGCGGCAAUGCAUGUGAAGUAAAGGGUCUUUGUGGCUUCAACAGCUUCUGCGCAUUAGAUGACAACACAGCAAAGUGUAAUUGUCUUCGGGGUUUUGACUUCAUAGAUCCAAAUAAAGAGACUCUUGGCUGCAAAAGGAGCUUUUCAAAAGCAGAUUGUAGAGGUGAGAAAGAUGGUGCAGCGUUUUAUAACAUGGUCUCGAUGGAGAAUAUUAAAUGGGGGGAUAGUCCUUAUUACGAGGCUGAAAUGUCAGAGGAAGAAGAAUGCUCCUAUGCUUGUCUGGCUGAUUGCAACUGUUGGGCUGCACUUUAUGAUGGCGGGAGUUGCAAGAAACACGGACUUCCUUUGAGAUAUGUCAGUAGGUCAAUAUAUGAAGCUGAAACUCAGUCCUCCACUGUAUUCUUAAAGGUGGGAAAUGACAUCCUCAGAAACUGGAAGGGGGAUGACAAACCUGUUGCUGAACAACCACCUCUAAUUAAGAGCGCAAGUAACAAAGCAAUGGUGCAUAUUAUUGUUGUUACAUCGGUGUUUUCUGUGCUUUUGUGUUCAACUAUUGCAAUCUCCAGCCAUUACAUGUACAAGAUUCGAGUAUUAAUGUACAAAAGGCUGAUGGAGACUGGGAACAUGGGCCUCAACGAAGAGUUGGCUCUGAGAAGAUUUUCAUACGGUGAGCUGAAAAGAGCGACAAAUCAUUUCAAACAAGAGUUGGGUAAGGGUUCUUUUGGAGCAGUUUACAAAGGGGCUUUGAACAAAGGCAGAAGAUUGAUUGCGGUUAAGAGGCUAGAGAAGUUAGUUGAAGAAGGAGAAAGGGAGUUUCAAGCAGAAAUGCGAGCCAUUGGAAAAACCCACCACAGGAACCUAGUUCGAUUGCUGGGGUUUUGUGCUGAGGGUUCUAAAAGGCUUCUGGUUUAUGAGUACAUGAGGAAUGGUUCCCUUGGAAAUCUUAUCUUUGGGGCUCAAAGAAUUCCAGAUUGGGAUGAAAGAGUGAAAAUAGCACUGGAUGUUGCAAGAGGGAUCCUCUAUCUCCAUGAAGAGUGUGAGGCACCAAUCAUUCAUUGUGACAUAAAGCCUCAAAAUAUUUUGAUGGAUGAGUUUUGGACUGCCAAGAUAUCUGAUUUUGGGCUAGCAAAACUUCUAAUGCCAGAUCAAACCAGAACGUUCACAGGGGUUAGAGGGACAAGAGGGUACGUGGCCCCGGAAUGGCACAAGAACACCCCAAUAUCAGUGAAGGUAGAUGUCUAUAGCUAUGGAAUAGUACUAUUGGAAACUUUAUGUUGCAGAAGAAACAUUGAAGUUAAUGUCUCGGAACCUGAGGAGGUCCUUCUGACCAGUUGGGCCUACAAGUGCUUUGUUGCCGGAGAGUUCAAUAGGCUCGUUCUUUUGCAAGACGUGGAUAUAAAUGUCCUGGAAAAUAUGGUUAAGGUGGCACUUUGGUGUAUUAAUGAUGAACCUGUUCUCCGGCCAACAAUGAAAAGUGUGUUGUUGAUGUUAGAAGGGAUUACCGAUAUAGCAAUUCCUCCUUGUCCAAAUUCUAUUUCCAUGUGAAUUUUCUCAGUGAGAAAAAUGUUGCAGUGUUCAUGUUGCCUAGUUUCAAUUUAUUUGUUUGUGUUCUGUUGCGUAGUUUUGUAAUCCUUUCAAUUAGUAAGCUUGUCUCUUGAGUGGUAUUGAAAUAAAAUAAGGUUAC